GCGCGAAAGAAUUUAAAUUUUUUAUCUUAACAGAAUCGAUGUAUCAGAAGAACCUCGAAAGAUCCCUUGUUAGAGAUCAUUAGAGAUCAAACCAGAUCAAACUGUUCCGAUCAGUUCCGAUCAGUUCCGAUCAGUUCCGAUUUGAACACGCAGUGCUUACCAGUGCUUACCAGUGCUUACAAGAUCCCGGUCCACUAAUUCUGACACUAAAUAUAAUUAUUUGGUACUUAUCUUCAACUUUUGUCUAAAAUGGAACUGUGUAUACAUGUAUUGAAAGUAUAGAUUGAAAUAAAAUCAACCACAUCAUCGAUGUAAUGAGUUAACCUUAAUGAUUUUCACAUCAUCCUGUGUAUCGUGUUUUCAGUUCCCACGUGUGUUUGAACAAGUAUAAAUCAUGGAAAAUUCGAGCUUCAUGGACACUGAGUUAAGAGAAUUGGCUGUUGCACUCUUUGAAAUCGAUGCACUCAAAUUCGGAGAAUUUGUGACAAAAAUUGGUUUGAAAACUCCCGUAUAUUUUGAUUUGAGAGUCAUAGUCUCAUACCCAAAAGUUAUGGCUCGCCUGGCUAAGGCACUAUGGAAAUUCUCUGAAGACUGUUCAAACAUAGUUCAAAUCUGUGGUGUACCUUAUACAGCUCUACCACUAGCCACUUUGAUCUCUAUGGAUUCUAACAUACCCAUGUUAAUCAAACGAAAAGAAGUAAAGCCAUAUGGCACAAUGAAAAUGAUAGAAGGCCAAUUUAAGCAGGGAGAUAAUUGUGUAAUUAUUGAGGAUGUGGUUACUAGUGGUAGCAGUAUUCUAGAAACUGUACACACUUUAAGAAACCAAGGUUUAGAAGUUACAGACACUUUUGUGGUAAUCAACAGGGAACAAGGUGGCAGGAAAAACAUUGAAAAUCAUGGAAUUAGAAUGAAAAGUUUGUACACGAUUACCACUAUCUUAGCUUAUCUUUUAGAAGCUAACAAGAUUACACCAAAGAUUGUAAAAGAUGUGACAGAUUAUUUAUCAAAAUAUCAAGCUCCUGUUAUUUCUAUUCCAGGUAAAUGGAAUUCUUACAUCGAUCAAUCACUUCUAUAUUGAAAAACUGAACUGAUAUCAAUUGUUCUUUCAUAUAGUUCCAGAAAAACGGGUAAAGAUACCAUUCCAUAU